AUGGAUGGUAAGGACAGGAAGCCACCAGAUCCUGCAGCUGGGAUGGCAGAAGGGUUGAAGGAUGUUUCUGAUGAAGCAGACCUGCCUUCAGAUGGGAUGAUAUCAGGUAUGGACAUCAUCAGUGACGCCACUUCCACCAAUACUCAACAGCAACCACAGACACAGACAGGUCCUGAUGGGUCAUAUCCCCAAGGCUUUACAGGUCAGCCAGGACAGUUUCAGGACAGUGGCCAGGACAUCAGUACACAAAGGCAUGGACACACCGGUCAACAGGUGCCCCCAUAUCCUUACCCAGGUCAGCCCUGGCAGGGGCCUGGUCAAGGACAGCCAGGCUAUCCGUAUCCCUACCCUUCAAGGAGGGGAGAAUCCAUACACUCAUAUACCACCUUAUGAUGCAAGGUAUGGCCAUUACGAUUACAGGUAUGGCGGGUAUAUUCAUCCACAAACUGGUGCCCUCUUUAGAUGGCCUGAUCCUUAUGGUCAGCAGCACUACCCACCGCCUGACGGAAGCCAGCAGCAGAAUAUCCCCCUGCAAGGUGUGGAGACAAGUGGACAGACAGGCCCACAACAUGCAUCCUCCAGAAGUGGUCAGACAGCACAGAAUGACCCGAACUGUACAACUUCACAACCAGAUUCCACAGCUGAGAGGGAACUUCCACCUAGACCACACCCAUCUGGCUCAUACCCUGCACACCCCUUCUAUCCAGAACAACAGGUUCAUCCCCUUCCCCCAGGUUACACUCUGUAUCCAUCUGAAUUGCCCCCGCCAUAUGAUGGUCAGCAGGGACGCAGGCUGAAACUGGAGCAGGAUCAGUAUGAGGCAGAGAAGAAGUACCCCAUCACUGACGCUGUGUCUGCAGCGUUACCUGAAAGAGAUGAUGAAGCGGUCACACGUCCAGUGGAAGCAGGCCAUGGAGGGAAGGGAGCAAGCAGACAUCAUCAACACACAGAGGAAACAACAGACCAUGCAAGCAGCCCAGAGGAAACACUCACACAAGACUAUGUGUCUGAGGAAACACCUGGCGAAACAAGGAUGACUGAUCAGGAUGUGACAGAUAUCACUCCAUCUCAGAAGAUUGAAGUAAGAGGACUACCUGCCACAAUCACCAAUGACAGCAUCAGUCUAUACUUCGAGAACCGCCGCAGAUCUGGUGGAGGUCCUGUUGUCAAUGUGAUUAACAGAGAAGAUGGAACAGCUAUGGUGGAAUUUGAACAAGCAGAGGAUGUUGAAGGAGUGUUGAAGAAGGCGACUCACAAAAUAUCAGGUGCAGUAAUUCAAGUGAGAAGGUACAUGCCAGAGAGGCGUCAGUCAGAGGUCUCAACACCAUGUGAUGAUGCUCCUGCUGUUCUGCCAGACACAAUCAUAGUGACAGGAUGUGGAGAUAUCUCUGAUGAUGUCCUGGACAUGUACUUUGAGAGCAAGAAGAAGAGUGGAGGAGGAGAGGUGAAAUCCAUUGAGAGAACAGAGGAGGGUGGAUCGGAGGUCCUUGUCACAUUUGAAGACCCCGAAGUCGUCAAGAGAGUGUUAAAGAAGGGAUCUCAUAAAGUACAAAGCAUGGACGUUAAAGUCGCCCUGUACAAGCCCCGGCCACCAACACCUCCACCUGUAGUGUCAACAGACACUAUUGUAGUGAAAGGGUGUGGAGAGAUCUCUGAUGAUGUCCUGGAGAUGUACUUUGAGAGCAAGAAGAAGAGUGGAGGAGGAGAGGUGAAAUCCAUUGAGAGGAGAAAUGAAGGUGGAUCAGAAGUGGUUCUUGUCAUAUUUGAAGAUCCUGAAGAUGUCAAGCGAGUGUUAAAGAAGGAAUCUCAUAAAGUACAAAGCACGGACAUUAAAGUCGCCCUGUACAAGCCCCGGCCACCAACACCUCCACCUGUAGUGUCAACGGACACUAUUGUAGUGACAGGGUGUGGAGAGAUCUCUGAUGAUGUCCUGGAGAUGUACUUUGAGAGCAAGAGGAAGAGUGGAGGAGGGGAGGUGAAAUCCAUUGAGAGAACAGAGGAAGAUGGAUUGGAGGUCCUUGUCACAUUUGAACACCCAGAAGACAUGCAAGCUGUCCUUCAAAGGAGUCACCAGAUAGAAAGACGCCCACUCCAGGUUUCACCGUACACUCUCCCCUCGCGGUCAUCCCGUCGUCGCCCACAGGCUGAAGACUCAUACUUUAGUGCAGAAGAUGAGGGUCAGGAUGAUAGUGAUGAUGAUGAAGAUGUGUUUGUUCUACUGGUGGAAGGGUUGUCCGAUACUCUGGGUGAAGAAACUUUGUUGUUCUAUUUUGAAAAUCGACGCAGAAGCGGAGGAGGCGAUGUGGAUUUGGUGGAGAUUGACAGAGACUCAGCCACAGCUCUUGUCCACUUCAAGCAAGGCGAUGUUGUAAAGAGAGUUCUACAGAAAGCUCCUCAUCUCCUGGAAAAUAAAAAGAUUGAAGUCUCUGAAUAUCUACCUUCCAAACAGCCAGGACUGGUUACCAUAGAAACAAUCCUGAAGGGAAAGAAAUUAGGAACAGUUGUGAAGGUGGAGAAAUUUGGAUCGAAGACAAGUGAUGAUGUACUAACAAUGUACUUCGAGAACAAGAGGAGAAGCGGGGCGUCUGAAGUGAAGGAAAUCAUUCCAGAUAAAGAAGAAAAUGCCAAAUAUAUUGUUUUUCAGACUCCUGAAGAAGCGGAAGCUGUUGCCAAGCGAAGCCACACUGUAGAUGGGCACAAGUUGAUGGUGAGUUUGUACAGACCUCCCACCCCUCCUCCACCCCGGCCGCGCUAUCGGGACAAGUUUUUGAUCACUGGACUGCGAGAGAAAACCACAAAAAAGACCUUGAUGAAGUUCCUGAAACAAAAACUGGCCUGUCAUCCCAAGGAUGUUAUGUAUGGAGAGGAACCUGGAAAUGUUCUUGUAAAUAUAGAUCAACAAAAAGGUCCUUUAAACCUAAAGAAGAUACAGCGUGUUUGUAAGAAGCAUCCUCUGGAUGGGGCGUUCCUGGAGUUGUCAGCAGUGCCCAUCUCCAACUGUAUCCGUGUCGAUGGCAUCAGCGCCAAGACAUCGGUGGACACACUAACAUUCUACUUUGAAAGCAAGAAGUCAGGGAAUACCAUAGAAUGUGAUGUUGAAAAGGUGGACAUUGUUGAGGAACCGAGACAUGCCAUCGUCUUCUUUAAAAAUCACACAGUGAUACCAGAGAUUUUGGGCAGAUCCCACAAGUUGGAAAAGGCAGCGCUAUCUGUAUCCCUGUACACUGAAUGCUUGGGCUCAGGAGGGGGACACAGCGACCCCAUAUGGUUUAAAGUACCGCCCCCUAUUGCUGUAAAGAAUGUUGACUCUUACAAGAUGGAAUUCAUCCGAGAUUCUAGUCUUAACAUGAGGAAUCUACAAAAGCAGUUGCAAGAUGGGUACACUGAUCUCAAGUUUGAGUCUGAUGGUUCUGUGACUCUUGAAUGCACCCUUACCAAAGAUGUGCCUGACGCCAGAAAGAUAGCCAAAUCAUGGCUGAAAGGUGCAACUGAGGACUUGGAGCAUUUUCUGUCCCUGCUCAUCACAGAGAAGGUGAAUGUCCUUCAGGAAGUUUGGGAUGAUGUGACAACAGAAGUUCAGAAAAUGAAAAUGCCAAAACAGGGUGCGGCAACUAUUUAUGUAUUCGAUGAAUCGCAUCUGAUAGUUGUGGUUGGCCAUAAGCUGCUUGCAGAAAACCUGUCUAAACAGGUGAAGGAGGUCGUAGCCACUGUGGAGGGAGACCAUGAGCGGAAGAAGAAAGAAAUUACCGAAUCAGUGGCAAAUCUCAAGUCAUGGCAGUUACGCCUACUGCUGGCUCUUGGCUUCCCCAGUGAGAUGAUGAAGAAAUAUGAACACCUGAAAGUUGAAAUUUGUGUCAAGAAAAAUGUGAUGACACUAACCGGGUUGAUGUCUGUAGUAAAAUCUGCAAAAGUUGACAUGUAUGAAACAACAACUAACUUCAAAGACACAUCUUUGUCGAAUCUGUCGGAUGCCCAGAUGAUGCUUGUUCAGAAGAAUGAUGUGAGGGAGUACAUCGUGAAGAAACUGAAGCUGAAACACCUAGUUGGUGUCUGGGAGGCAGACAAUGGUAAACUGAAAGUGUAUGGAAGGACGGAUGCUGAAGUGACGGAUGUAUCUCACAUUGUGAGGCAGAGCGUGGUCCAGCAAUUGAUAAACCUGGACCCAGAAUCUGUCCCACUCCUGGACUCUACAGGAUGGAAGAGGAUCAAUGACGACCAGACGAAGAACAGAGGAGACACGGUGAAGAUCAUCAUAGCACACGAUAAGUCUCAUAUUGUUAUAGCUGCUACAGAUGAACUGGUAGCUGGGGUGGCAGAGGAGGUGAACAACUUCCUCAAAGAAAACACAGUGUACAGCAACACUGUCCAGUUUCCCAAGGGGAUCCAACGUUUCAUGACCAUGCAUCUGGAUGGGGAAAUCAGACAACUUUCAAGUACUUUUCAAGCUCACUCUGUUCAGAUAAUAUAUCAAAAGUCUUCACAGGAUUUUACAGUGAAAGGAACCAAAGUUGGAUUAAGAAUUUGUAUGUCAAAACUAGAGGAAAUCUCAGGAAAGGUGAUGCACACAAGUCACCUGUUUGGCAAACCAGGGAUUUGUAAAUUGAUCCUGUCUGAGAAAGGUGAUCAACAUAUCAGAAAUAUUGAGGAAAAUGGACGGUGCGUGAUAGAAAGAAACUUUGAUACCCAAAAGCAUCCAAUCUAUGGCAAGAAAGGAGAGCAGAGGAAUAUGAGAUCAGGAGGAGGGAUUCAGACCUUGGCAACAUGUGACCUUGGAGCAGGCCGAACUCUGAGUGUAUGUCAAGGUGACAUUACACAGAUGAAAGUGGAUGUUAUAGUGAAUGCAGCCAAUCAACAACUGGCACACAUUGGUGGACUUGCCAAGGCUAUAGUAGACAAAGGAGGACGAUCCAUUCAGGCAGAAAGUGACAAGAUAAGACAGAGUCAGGGUGACAUACGUGUCGGAGAAGUUGCAGUCACCAGCCCAGGGAACCUACCCUGCAAGCUUGUCGUCCAUGCUGUAGGACCAAUAUGGUCGGGAGGGACAAAUGAUGAACAGGGUCUUCUUCAAGAAGCUAUAUAUAACAGUCUUGAGAAAGCUGACAGUUGUGGCUUAUCCUCCAUUGCCAUACCUGCUUUGAGCACAGGUAUUUAUAGAUACCCAGUAGCAGCAGCUACCAACAACAUCAUAGAAGCAAUACAGCUCCAUUUCACAGACACUCCAGGGAGUCAGGUGAUGAACAUCUACGUGUGUGACAACAACGCCUCCACAGUCCAGGACUUCAUGCAGGCUGUAAAGCAAAGGUUUGCAGCAGAAGCUGUAACUGUAGGAAACAGAGAUGGAUCUGUGGAAGGUGGUGUGGUUGAAGACAGACAUGUUCCAGUAAACAGAGGAAGACAGAGAAAGGGGCAAAGAUCUUCACAACCUGAUCCUUCACCUUCACAUGGAAGACCAACACAAAGCAUGUCAAGGAUAAAGAUAAACGUUGUCUCCGGAGAGAUAGCGAAGGAACAGGUUGAUGUUAUCGUAAACACUACGUCAAGCAGCCUCGAUUUAAGUAAAGGAGCAGUUUCCAUGUCAAUACUCCAGACCGGUGGUGUUGCUAUCCAAAUGGAGUGUUCUGCCAAGUAUCCAGAUGGAAUAAAGUCAGGACAGAUUGCCAUCACUGGGGCAGGCAGUCUCAUGUGCCAGAGUAUAUUUCAUACCUGCUUACCGAGCUGGCCACGUGAUCAAAAUGGUGAAAUGAUUCUGCAAACACUGGUUGCGAAAUGUCUUAAAAGUGCUUCUGAUCAGCAAUACAGAUCCAUUGCUUUCCCUGCACUUGGUACGGGUAACCUUGGAUACCCGCGAGAUGUUGUGGCCAAAACCAUGAUGGAAACAGUGGAACAGUUCGGACAGUACCACACCAUGACAUCCCUCCAGGAAGUGAAGAUUGUUGUGUACCAUAAGGACUCUGCUACAAUAAAGGCAUUUGACUACCAGAAGGGGAAAGACACUGGUGGUGCUGGUGUGCCCUCACAAGGAGGUCAUAGGAGGAGCAGACAAUUUCGGGAUAAACCACAGGGUGCAUCUGCUGGUUCAACAGAAGACGGUGACUGGCAGCACAUCUCUAAAUCAGAUCUGACUCAAGUUUACCAGCUGGGCAAGGUUCAGCUGACGCUGAAACAAGGUGAUUUGUUGAAGGAGAAGGCGGGUUGUAUUGUCAACAGCACUAACUCGGACCUCAACUUGUCAAUGGGUGCAGUGUCCCAGUCUAUCCUAAAAAAAGGUGGACAACAACUUCAAGCUGAACUUGAACUCAAGAAGGCUGAAAUGAAAAAGCGAGGAAUUGUCACAACUACUGCCGGAGGUCUCCAAGCUGGCUACAUCAUCCAUGUCUCUGGAGAUCACUUCACUCACGACUGGAAGAAAGUGAUCACAAAAUGUCUUGAAGAAGCUGGAACUCUACCAAACGUGUCAUCUAUAGCAUUCCCAGCUCUUGGAACAGGUCAAGGUAAUAGGACCCCUGAAGACAUGGCCACUUGCCUGAUUGCAGCAGUGAAUAAUUACCAGAGUUCACCUCCAAAACACGGAAUGAUUACUGACAUUCGAAUGGUGAUCUUCCAGAAAGACAUGCUGGACCCAUUUGCUGCAGGAGUGAUUAAGGCUCUAACUUCCAAAAAGAAAGGAUACUUAAGGAAAGCCCUUGACUAUGUUUGGGGAGGAUCUACUGGCAAAACUGAACGUGUGGCACAGCCAACAGAACAACCACUGAAUGAUAUCACCCUCUACUUCUUCUCGGAUAGCAUGGAACAUAUUGACCAAGCAAAAUCCAUGUUGGAAGAUGAGUACCACAAUAGUACAUUGACAAGGCCCGUAUUUGAUGAAGCACUCAAGACUUUGACUACACAACAGGAAGCAAAGAUUCAAGAUCUAGAGGCCAAGUUCAGCAUUUCUGUUGACUAUAACCGUUCAAGAGGAAGGGUUAAACUUCAAGGUCUUACAAAUGAUGUCAUCACAGCCAUGGAGGCAGUACACAAGAUUGUACAGGAGGCUCUUCGUGAGGAACAGCAAUCUGAGAAGGCCGAGAUGUUGUCAUCCUACGUUCAGUGGUCAUACAUUGAAGUAGAUAUUACAGGCUCAUCACAACCAGUAGAAUAUGAUAAGAUCAUAAAUCAACAAAUUGAAGAAGCUUAUCAAAACAAGAAGCCUUUUAUACGUCUGCCUCUUGACACUGAUGGGAAGAUCUAUGUUGUUGAUUUAAACAACAUGGAAGAAUAUGAUUCAGAUGUUCCCAGUGAUAAAGUCUCUGUGAUCAGAAAAGAUCUAAUCAAAGGAGCAUCGUUUGAGCCUCCUCCCAACUGGACACAAAUGACAACGGAAAGUGAAAUGGUACCACUUAACAAUACAGCUCCGGAGUACACAGAUGUUCAACAGAAAUUUCACGGCAGCCUUGGAAGACCUGCCAACAUUUUGAAGAUUGAACGUGUACAGACCAAGUUCCUGUGGCAGCAGUAUGUUGCGAAGAAACGCCAGUUGGACUCACAGAACCAAGGUCAAACAAAUGAGACUGUGUUGUGGCAUGGCACUGCUGUAGACGCCAUUCCCAGUAUCUGUAAAGGUGGCUUUAAUCGCAGCUACUGUGGAAAGAAUGCCACUGCACAUGGAGAGGGUGUAUACUUUGCAGUCCAGGCUUCAUAUUCAGACAGAAAUACUUACUCUGUGCCUGACAUUCAAGGUCACAAGCACAUGUUUCAAGCCCGUGUGCUGACCGGGAUGUACUGUCGAGGACAAGGUGGGAUUAGAGUACCUCCACAAAGAGAUGCAUCCAAUCACAUCCAGUAUGAUUCUGUGGUAGACAAUACUGGUAGACCUGGAAUGUACAUCAUCUUUAAUGAUACCCAGGCCUAUCCAGAAUAUCUUAUCACUUACCAGUGAAGUCAAUGUCCUUUCUUUCAAAUGGUAUUUAGUGAGAGUCUCUUGUCACCUUGUGAGGUAGAUGUAUAGAUAUAUUCGACUUGAUAUAGAUAUAUUUAACUUGAGGUGAUGUAAUUCAUGACAUGUAUGAAAUCAUGGUAUCUUGUUUAAAUCAAUUGUCAGUUAGAAUUGUUCUUGUGAUCAUAUUAUUUUGGAGGUACCUGAUGGCUUGUAAUUAACAUGAUUGGGGUCUGUCAGUUGGUUAGAUUGUAACCUCCUUCAGAUCUUUAAGUGAAGGGAUGAUGCCAUAUUUUGAAACAAUAUCCAAUGUAUUGUGUUUUAGUAACUUAUGGAUUCUUCGACUACACAAUGCCAUUUAGAAAGUGGUUAAAUGUAACAUAUGUUAUAUUUGGGAUUACACUUUCUUUGUAAAGUACAAAUUCUAGUACUUUUUGGGUUGAGUCAGACUCAGGCAUCGAACCGCGGAUGACUUUGUGUGCUGGCGAUUAGGUGCCUGACUCUGAGGGUGCAGGUUUAAAUCCCAAAUGGGACUCAACCCAAAAAGUACUAGAACCUGCACUUUACUAAGAAAGUGUAACUCCAAAUAUAACAUGUUAUGUUAUGGAUUCUUGGUACGAAUUAGACCCUAGUACAAGUCAACUAGAGGGAUCGGGUAGUCAGACUCCCAGACUUGAUGUGGUGGGUUGUGUGUCCUGGUUCAACAACACCAGGCAAAGGUCAUUUAUUUUCGUGUUGCUCAUCAUUGGAUUGUUCGUUACAGGCUCAGGUGCUUAAAGAUGCUAUCUUGCACCUAGAUUUAAUA